AAUUCCAAAUCGAACUCCCAACCCCGAAGCCAGUGCACGGGCGCGGAGCGGAGCGGAGGCCACUGCGCAGAUCAGGCGACCUCCGGUUCCCCAGCCCCCAUCCACCCAGAUCGCCGGCGGCGGCGGCGCCUGCGCCCGACUCGCCCCCUCCUCCCCUCUCCGGCGGCCGGCGGCGGAGGACGCGGCCGGGCCCUGCGCCCACGCACGCUCGCACGGCGAGGCACAGCGGGCCCCAAGUCGAGCCGCGCGCGGAUUGACUUGCCCCCAAGCCCUCAGGCCCUCCCCGCGCCUCACGUCGUCGACCUCGACUGGAUUCGGCCGGCGGGGAGCUUCGCCCCGAUUCGCGCGGCUCCAACAGCGGCGAAUCCACCACCAGUGCACUGGUUUUGCGCGCGCGACUAGCAGGAGAUGGGGGUGGAGGACUACCACGUGGUCGAGCUCGUCGGGGAGGGGUCCUUCGGGAAGGUGUACAAGGGCAGGCGCAAGUACAGCCGACAGACUGUCGCCAUGAAGUUUAUUCUUAAGCAUGGGAAGAGCGACAAGGACAUCCACAACCUAAGGCAGGAGAUCGAGAUUCUGAGGAAGCUCAAACAUGAGAAUAUAAUUGAAAUGAUCGAUGCUUUUGAAACCCCUCAGGAGUUUUGUGUCGUCACAGAGUUUGCCCAGGGAGAGCUAUUUGAGGUGCUCGAGGAUGAUAAAUGCCUUCCAGAAGAGCAAGUUCAAGCUAUUGCUAAGCAGCUGGUAAAAGCACUCCAUUACUUGCACUCCAAUCGUAUUAUCCAUCGGGAUAUGAAACCCCAGAACAUCCUUAUCGGGAAAGGAUCUAUUGUGAAGCUUUGUGAUUUUGGGUUUGCUCGUGCGAUGUCAGCUAAUACUGUUGUGCUACGCUCUAUAAAAGGAACGCCAUUAUAUAUGGCUCCAGAACUUGUGAGGGAGCAACCUUAUAAUCACACAGCAGAUUUAUGGUCCCUUGGGGUCAUCUUAUAUGAACUAUUUGUGGGUCAACCCCCCUUUUAUACAAAUUCAGUUUACGCACUUAUACGACACAUUGUCAAGGAUCCUGUGAAAUAUCCAGAUAAUAUGAGUGCAAACUUUAAGAGCUUCUUAAAGGGUUUACUAAACAAGUUGCCUCAAAGUAGACUAAGCUGGCCAGCAUUGUUGGAGCACCCGUUUGUCAAAGAUGAUUCAAUGGAUUUAGUGGCUGACACUCAAUCCACACCUUUUGAAGUGAAAAGAUCUGAGGCCACGCGGAAGGCUGAUGAAAUUCAAACAUCAAAGAACCAACCUUCUGCUGCUGAACCACCAAGUAGAAAUGCUGCUAACAAUACAGACGGUGAUCAUGAUAAACAAAAAAGCAGUAAAAAAGAUGGCCCUACAUCAACUACUGACGAUCAUCAUGGUUCAUCUCCUGGUGCUAUUUCGGAUGCUCCAUCAGAGCGUACAGCUUUAGAUAAGCUGGAAAAAACUUCACAAACAGUGAAUGGUGCUAGCAGCAUUAUUGGAGAUAGUGCAGUCCUGUCCACUGUCCUCAGUCCCAUAAAAAAUUGGUUGAGCAAUCCUCCAAGUUCCCCGAGGGAACUGCAUAUUGAUGGUGCAAAUCAGUCUCUCAGAAUUGUUAAAAAUCUAAUUGAAGCUGGGUCUUAUCAGUCUUGUGCAGCACUUGAUGACAUCAUCUGUCUAUUUCUAGAGUUUACAAGUCUCAUUAUCAGAAUGAAGCUUUCAGGUGCUUACAGCCUUGCAGUGAAGUGUCUAGCUAUAGCACGGAAGCUACUUGAUACAAGUGAAGGUGCUGUGCUAAAUUCUUAUGGCAGACACUGGUCCUCUCUGUGUGAUCUUUAUUCACAGAUUCUGGCUUCCACUGUUGAUCCAUCUGGAAGAAUAUCUCGCGAGUCAACUGCAUGUCUUGCUCUGAUGUUAUCCAGGGUUAUCUCUGUGUUGAAAGCGAGCAUCUCCUCUGAGAGUCCAAAUCCAGUUGAAGAAAGUCUCGUCAACAUUAUAGAUCAUGCAAGAAAGUCACAGCUACUAGAACUCUUGUGUGAGUGUCUGAUAGCUUCAGGUUCAGACAUAAUAUCAGGUUCUACAAACAUGGUACCGGCAGCAUGUGAGGCAUGCAAGGCCAUCUGGUAUCUCGCUCAUGCUGUUGACAUUGUGUCCCUUGGUGCACACAAUUUUUCAUUUCCAUUAGCUAGCUCAUGGCGACAAGGUCACUCAAAGUUGGAUGGUAAAAUGCAAGAGCAAGAUUCAUUACCAGAUUCAAACUCCAGCAGUUUGAUAAACAUAUUUGUCAAAUCAUUUCUGGCUUCACGGCCAAUGCAGAUUGCAGUUUACCACUGCUUGCAUAAUGGUUUAGAGUCAGCUAUUCAUGCUUCUCUUCAGCUCAUUGCUAGGGCCUGCCUGCUGAAUCUGUCUUUCUGUGCUAUUAUGUGUGGUCCAAUGAAUUCAUCACCGGAGGCCAAUGAAAUAGAAUAUGGUGGAGAUGGGACAAUUGUAUCUGAUAUGUUUUCACUGCUGUCGCUGUGUGGCUCAUAUUUGAACAAGGAGUCGAAGCAGAACAGUAAUCAGAAAUGCAAACUGUCCAAUCCUCAUGCCCUUGUAGUGCACUGUUGUCUUGCAUUGGCAACAAUAGCAGCGUGUCUAAAGUCGGAGGGGAAAUCUUCAGCAUCAAUUAUUUUAACAAGUUCCCACAAGAAACAGCGGUCCCGGCUUUCUGUUCUUGCGCACCUCUCUUCAGCCGAUGAUACAGUGAAGAGUUGCCUGCAGCCACACUGUGCAGCUGCAACACUUGCACUGUCAACGCUUAUUUCACUUGAAAAUGGAGGGCAAACCAGAUCUUCCCUAUGUGAAACUGCCCUUGCUUUGUUUCCCCGUAUGGCAACACUGCACACAUUGCUGAAGCUUUGGCUAUCUGAUGGAAGUGAGGAACUUUGCAGAUAUAAUGCUGGUUUACUGAAUCUGUUUGGCCUUCGUGAUGGGAGUAUCGGGCUGUUGGAAACUAGAUUGAAAUGGGGUGGACCAUUGGCUGUCGAGCAAGCCUGCUCAGUUGGUAUCCCACAGCUCCUAAUUCGUUUGCUUACCGAUGGUUUCUCAAGGGAGCCUUCUGAUGGGAAAGAAGUUUUAACACACCGCAGUGGAUUAUCACCGUUGGGAGUUGCCUGGACUCUUUCAGCUUUAUCUCAAUGCCUUCCUGGUGGCGUUUUCCGUGAAAUUUUGUAUAAAAGGGAACAUCUAAAGCUGUUGACUGACAUGCUGUCUGAUAUGCACCUCAAGGUUUUGGCAGCUUGGACUGGUCUUGGUGGUGGGAAAAAGGGAGUGCGGGAACUGAUAAAUUCAGUUGUUGAUAUUUUGGCAUUUCCAUUUGUCGCAGUGCAGAGUUCUCCAAACAUGCCAUCAACAUCAGCAUCCAUCAAUAGUGGUUUUCUCCUCAACAUUGGAUCACCUGGGGGAAGAAUUGGUACUGAGAACAAGGAAAUGCUCAAAACUAUAGAGCAUAAUAUGCCUCAAUACUUUCAAGUUCUCCUAGAGGUUGGUGUUCCUGGUUGUAUACUUCGCUGUCUUGAUAAUCUCAAUAUGGAAGACAUAUCAAGGCCCUUGGCCAUUGUGGCCAAAAUGGUGGGCUACCGUCCACUUGCGUUGCAGCUUCUAAGAGAAGGUCUUCUCAAUCCUUCUAGAGUAGCAAAGCUACUCAAAGGUCCUCUUGCCAAGGAGACUUUGCUCGACUUCCUCAUGAUAAUUUCUGAUCUUGCACGCAUGUCAAAGGACUUCUAUGAGCCCAUCAACAAGGCAGGCAUGGUUGAAUAUUUGAAGAACUUUCUAUCAAAUGAGGACCCCGAUAUAAGAGCAAAAGCUUGCAGUGCCAUUGGCAACAUGUGCCGACACAGUCCCUACUUCUAUGGUCCAUUUGCAGCAAAUAAGGUGAUUGAGCUUGUAGUUGACAGGUGUUCUGACCCUGACAAGCGGACGCGGAAGUUUGCAUGUUUUGCUGUAGGCAAUGCUGCUUAUCACAAUGACAAGCUGUAUGAAGAACUCAGACGAUCUAUACCUCAGCUCACAAAGCUACUUCUUGCUCCCGAGGAAGAUAAAACCAAAGGCAAUGCUGCAGGGGCCCUGAGUAAUCUAGUCAGGAACUCUGACGUACUCUGUGGAGACAUUGUAUCCCAAGGCGCAAUUCAGGCCCUACUGAAGAUGGUCAGCAGCUACUCCGCGGUUGCUCUGAGCCCCAGCAGAAAGGAUGCUCUGACCGAAUCCCCACUAAGAAUCGUGCUCUUCGCGCUGCGCAAGAUGUGCGAUCACACCGUGUGCAGGCUCUUCCUGCGGUCAUCCGAGCUGCUCCCCAUCAUCGUGCACCUCAGGCAGUCGCCUGACCAAACGAUCUCCGAGUACGCCUCCGCCAUCGCUAGUAAAGCGAACCAAGCUUGACGAGUUUCGCCUGGCAGGCGCACCGCGAGGGGGUCCUGUUCUGUAACGUAGCAGUCGUUCAGUUUUGCUGAACAAUUCUGCAAUCCAUUCUGUUUCUGGAAUUGUAACUUAUUAGAACAGUAUCACGGGCCGGCGUACCGAGUUGUUCCAUGUAUGUAAGAUCUCCGCUCUUUUGCCAUGUAUAUGUACAUAUAUGCAGCACCAAAUCGGUUCAGAGAAA